AUGUGUGCAAUAAACGCGUGCGGCGUCUCGAUCCUGCCGCUGAUGACGCUGCACAUGACGGACCUGGGCCUGACGUACGCCGACGUGGCGCAGGUUUACGUCUUCAUGCCGGUCGCCUCCUUCCUCGGACCCCCUUGCCAGCCCAGCGCCGGCCUGCCAGCCUCCAGCCGGACCACGUUCUGGGUGUACUUCGCACUGCGGAUGGUGGGCGUGUUCUUCAUGGCGCCGUCCUUCACGCUGCUGGACGCAACUAACCUCGCGUUGGUGAGGCAGCACAAGACGCCAGGGCAGAACUUUGGCCGCCAGCGCGUGACGGCAAUUGCUGCCACCAUCAUCGUUCCGCCACUCGUCGGUGUCAUCAUCGACUUAGUGAGCACGCCUGCUAUGCCCAGAUCCAUUUGUCUGAGUGGUCUGAAAUCCUUUACUUUCGUUGGCAUCUGUAUCACUUGUGCUCAACGUCCUCUUGCAAUGUUUCUGCCAUGCACUGAUGUGCUGUCUACGUGGUUGAUUCCAGGCAAGACGAAUUACGGCCCAGCCUUCUACUCCAUGGACCUGUUCGUUGUCUUCACCGUCGUCACUCUAUACGCCUGCAACUUAAAGGUGGCGCUGCCGGAAAAGGCCCACUUCCGUCAAGUCACCAAGAUUCUGAAACGCCCGGAGACCCUCGUUUUCAUAUUAGCUGUCGCCCUUUUGGGAUCCAUGUGGGGAUUUUUGGAGAACUUCCUCUUUGUUUUCCUGAAGAGUCUCCAGGCACCAACGUAUUUAAUGGGUCUGACCAUGACGGUGGCCGGCCUAGCAUCGCUGCCCUUCAACUGGUGGUCAGACGCCAUCUGCAGGAAGGUCGGCCACAUCAACGUCCUCCUUGUGUCGUUCGCCGGCUACACCUUGAGAUACAUCGGAUAUUCCUUCAUCAGGAAUCCCUGGCUGUGCUUCCCGUUCGAGCUGCUGGAGGUGGUCACCACUCACCUGAUGUGGAAUAGUGCUGCCACCUACGCUGGACAACUGGCGCCGCCUGGGCUGCUGGCUACACUCACCGGACUGGCUGGAGCCCUGCACUACAGCUUUGGCCGCGGCGUCGGCAGCUUCAUCGGCGGCUACCUGAUGGCGCUGUCCGGACCGGCCUUCACCUUCCGGACCAUGGGUAUCGGCAGCGGCGUGGCCGGCGCGCUCUACGCCAUCGUCUACUACGGCUGCCUCCGUCAGAGGAUCUCCCAACGAGAGGAGCGCCAACGUGCUAAGAAGACCCAGCAAAAUGCUGACCCGAUGGAGGACCCGCACGAGCUAGCGGCAAUGCUGGAGGAGCACGCCAUCGCCACAGUGUAGUGCCAACAGUGUCCUGGCGGCUGAGCCGGCAACGCUGGGGGAGCACGCCAUCGCCGCAGUGUAGUGCCAACAGUGUCCUGGCGGCUGAGCCGGCAACGCUGGAGGAGCACACCAUCGCCGCAGUGUAGUGCCAACAGUGUCCUGGCGGCUGAGCCGGCAACGCUGGAGGAGCACACCAUCGCCGCAGUGUAGUGCCGACAGUGUCCUGGCGGCUGAGCCGGCAACGCUGGAGGAGCACACCAUCGCCGCAGUGUAGUGCCAACAGUGUCCUGGCGGCUGAGCCGGCAACGCUGGAGGAGCACACCAUCGCCACAGUGUAGUGCCGACAGUGUCCUGGCGGCUGAGCCGGCAACGCUGGAGGAGCACACCAUCGCCGCAGUGUAGUGCCGACAGUGUCCUGGCGGCUGAGCCGGCAACGCUGGAGGAGCACACCAUCGCCGCAGUGUAGUGCCGACAGCGUCCUGGCGGCCGAGCCGGCAACGCUGGAGGAGCACACCAUCGCCGCAGUGUAGUGCCGACAGUGUCCUGGCGGCUGAGCCGGCAACGCUGGAGGAGCACACCAUCGCCACAGCGUAGUGCCGACAGUGUCCUGGCGGCUGAGCCGGCAACGCGGGGGGACUACACCAUCGCCACAGUGUAGUGCCGACAGUGUCCUGGCGGCUGGGCCGGCAGGCAUCCCGCCAUAGAGCCCUCGCCACAGCGGUGACGAACACCUCGCCCCAGGCAAGCAGCUGGAGCGACGAGACUCGCUCCACAAAGCCGACUGAAGCGGGCGUUGUGCGGUCGCUGGGGCGUUUCGGCGCGCGUAGUUACGUCAAGCCGUCCAGUAGGGAAUUCGGGCCAUCUGGCCCUCGUGCCACCAUUCAUUGCUUGGUGAAAGAGAUUGGGCCUACCAAAAAAGUUGCAAAAUUGCCUUUCUCUUGGUUAAGGCGUGAAUUACGAGUCCAAAUUUUGAUUUUCACCACUGGAAAUGUCGAACAACGCAGACGUGCUCCUUUUACACCUUUCUCCUAAGCUGAGCUCACAAUCAUGAUAGGAACAAAACUGCCUCUCUAUUUAAGAAUAUUAAAAAUUUCAUAUCACUAUGUGACAAUCAUCUCCUGUUAGACUCAAGAUAAACCCAUGCUGCGGCAUUGACGUAACGUAGAGAACGACGCCUGGUAAACAGAAAUCUGCGAGUGGAGUCGGAAGAACUCUGCGACUUUCCAUGAAUUUAUUUUUUUUUAAACUUGCUACGGGCCCAAUCACUUCAAACGCACAUGCUCAAAUGGGUUAACAGUUGACAAAUAUGAUAACAUGAUAACCAUGAUAGGGUAGCGAAGUAGCACGGAUGUAGCCUAGUCCUGCAUUACGGCAUUUGUCUAACCGCUAGGUAUAGUUAGUAGCAUCCCGAUGCUUAGAGGGUGCCGUGCGAACCCACUCCCAAAACAGAUGUUUACUCAGGUAUGCUGAGCAUAUGGAAGAGCGAAGGCAUCUCGAACCUUGCGCGCGGUAGAAUUAUUGCCGCCUGUCUUGCCCACGCCGCGGACCGCGCGCGUUGACCGCGAACAUGACGAGAAGGCCGGUCACACGGAAGGCCAGUCGCAUGCCUGUGGAUGGAGCUACAUGUUGACGGAUCGAAGGACCACAUUCAGCUGAGCAGAUGGCAACAAGUCAGCUGUUGCAGCGGCCAUACGAUGGCUGGGAAACCUUGCGACUGGUGGUUGGCAUGGUCAGCAGAUAUGGCUGCGUAAACGACGCUUGUCGUCUGGUAGGUAAAAGAUGGUCCACAUGGGAAAUUAGUGAAUCUAUACCCGUUUUAUAUUUGCAGGACCAUGAAUGUUACUUCACCCGUGUGAAAGUGAUAUAAAGAUGCACCUCCAAGCGUUGCAUCACGCGUCGAUAAUAAGCCACCAGCAUGUAUGUUUUGCCUGUUCUCAACGCGAAGCGCCUUCGACAUGAUGUUGUCGAGGAAAUCACCAUACGCAGCCCGCGUAGCAUAGGGUUAUUGUGAAAAACGUGACGAUCAAAUAAGGCAAGUAUCAACAUCAGUUCGUCAUUAGGUAACCUUGACAUCGUUCAGUCCGGUGACCAUUAUCUCGAAAAGAGUGCGAUCCAAAAAGAACUGCACAGUCCAAAAAGAACAGCACGUCGGUCUACGUAACUUUAGGCUCCCGUCUGAGAAUCCACGUAAUGGUGGAUCUGGAUAAGCAUGCCUGCAAGCUGGUUGCAAGUAAAGCAUUGGACGUCCGUCAGCACAGUCACGUAAGGCCACCAAGUCUGCAUGUCAGGUAUGCGCAGACCUACUUCAUCAGGGUAUUUUUAAACCGUUGGUAGCUUUUUCUAGACCGUCAAGCGUUUGUUACGUUGGGUGGG